GGGGCGCAGCAGCUGGGUGGUUGUGUGCAGCCAUCACCUGGGCGCUGAUUUCCCCUGGCACGCCUUCUCUCUGGUGGUGGAGUACGACGCCCUGGCCCAGUCGCCCUGGCCCUCCAUCUGCAGAGAGAGGAACAUUAGCCACGUGACCUUCACCACUGUCACCCCCACCUCUGGUCAGGGUGAAAGCUGAUCUUACCAGAUAACGCCAGAUUGGUAUUGUUGUCGAUGCCCUGUGGAUAUGACAUGGUGGGACAAGAGGCAACAUUUGAGCCCUUACUCUGGAAUGUCACAAAGAUUCCAAAGAUCUGCAUGAUUACGGCAGUAUGAAUUAGCUGGAUUGGCCUAUGCACUGUUGUUAUGAAGUCUUAGACAAUCACUGAGUGUGUCUUUCAGUUUUGUGGUUUACUGGUGUUGUUAAUGGAUGGAAAGAAUGAUGAUCAGUCACAAUUUACCAUUAAUGCAUAUUACAUUCAUUAUUACAGCUACAACUUCAUAAAAACAAUAUCAAAUUAUUCCACGAUGACAUACAGUAUAUGUUUGAGGUUUGUUUAGCUGCCACAUUACUUUGGUUUAUGAAUCGUGUAAUGACCAUGCGCUUUUUUUUCACGUUUAAAGAGACAGACCCCUCAGCCUCCUCUUCUCCAUCAACACAUCUGGAGAGAAUCCCUUUCACGCUUUUUGUGACCGAAGGCCUGUUGGAUCGCUCCUCUUUACUGCAGACACUCGAGUCCGUGUAUAACCUGACCAUGAUAGAAAGGAGACACUCUCCCUCGCUGAAGAUGCUCGGGGGAGCUCAUCAAUAUGCCGUGAUUACAGUGGACGAAAGCACCGCAGUGCUCCUCCAGGAUGUAGACGAGCUGGCCAUGGAGCGCGCGAGCGAGCGGGUGGUGAUGCGUUUGAUCGCUCUCUCCCUGCAGUACAGCUGCUGCUGGUUCAUCCUGCAUCUUCCCAGCGCCCGCUACUCAUGCUUCUCCGUGCAAAUUUUGAACAACGUGGCGUUAGUCUACUCAGCUGUAGUGCUCUUUGGAAUGAAGUCUGAAGAAUUCAGUGUCAAGGUUUUGGUAGUGUCAGAAGAAGAAGACACUGCCAGAUGGAUUUACCAGAUAGCCUAUCACACCAUGAUGUCAUCAGAGGGCGACCCUCAGAGUUAUCUCGACAGAGAGUGGCUGUCUGUGUUGCCCUCAGAGGAGGAGGGCUGCCUGGUGCGGUUCCCCUGUGUGAGCCCGCUGGUGGCCCAGAUCAUGCUGAGGAGAGCCCCCUCCCUGCCCUGGCUCUUAGGGGCCUCCCUCACUGAGCUCCAGCAGCUGCUGCCUGAGGUCCCACAGAAGGUCAUCAAGCUCUUCACCGACACCACUGGUCUGUAUGCUCUGGGCUCAUCUGCUCCUCAGCCUGGCCCUGUUCCUGCCCCUGACCCCCAGUGUAGGCCUGAGCCCAGGCCCCAACCUGAGCUCCCUCAGAUGGGGCAGGUCAACGUGCAUGACCACUGGUCCUCCACUAUCCAAAAGCCUCUAGACGAACCCCAGACGUCCUACCACAGCCAUGAUCCCCAGCAAGAUGGGCUCUUCCUUAGAACUUCCAGUGCUGGUCAGAGCGAUGCUGUCUUCCACAGGAAAGAGGAUUGGGGUCAAACAGGGAAUUCCAGUGCAGGUCAGAGCGAUGCUGUCUUUCACAGGAAAGAGGAUUGGGGUCAAACCGGGAAUUCCGGUGGAGGUCAGAGUGAUGCCGUCUUCCACAGGAAAGAGGAUUGGGUUCAAACAGGGAAUUCCAGUGCAGGUCAGAGCGAUGCUGUCUUCCACAGGAAAGAGGAUUGGUGUCAAACAGGGAAUUCCAGUAGAAGUCAGAGUGAUGCCGUCUUCCACAGGAAAGAGGAUUGGGGUCAAACAGGGUUUUCCAGUGCAGGUCAGAGCGAUGCUGUCUUCCACAGGAAAGAGGAUUGGGGUCAAACAGGGAAUUCCAGUGUAGGUCAGAGCAAUGCCUUUUUCCACAGUAAAGAGGACUGGGGUCAAACAGGGAAUUCCAGUGCAGGUCACAGCGAUGCCCUUUUCCACAGUAAAGAGCAUUGGGGUCAAACAGGGAAUUCCAGUGCAGGUCAGAGCGAUGCUGUCUUCCACAGGAAAGAGGAUUGGGGCCAAACAGGGAAUUCCAGUGUAGAUCAGAGCGAUGCCUUUUUCCACAGGAAAGAGGAUUGGAGUCAAACAGGGAAUUCCAGUGCAGAUCAGAGCGAUGCCGUUUUCCACAGGAAAGAGGAUUGGAGUGAAACAGGGAGCGCUGGGCUGAAUUUUAGCAGGACCUCCUUCAGUCCUGCAACAACAGCAGCACCUUCAGCACCACAGGACUUCCAGCAUAACCCUUGGCACAUGGAGGUCGAAGAAAACAGGUACUUCCCACGCAGGAGAGAAGCAUGUGAUUGGAAUUCGAAGAUUUCACAGAAGGAGAGCGCUUCUUCAAUGCAGGAAACACAAGCCACAAGCCCAUUUCAACGCUUUCCCAGUGGACGCCAACCUUUACCGUACUUCCAGAGUCAGACGCCCGCUUCCUUACCCUGUGGCCCUGCCCAUGGCGUGGCCUCCUCUCCAGUGUCGCGGUGGACUGGCAAACUAAUCUCCGAGGCCUACCGCUUCUCAUCGGGUACCAACGGCUCAAGCAUGAGGGCAGAGCAGGACAGGAAGAGGAGAGCUGGGCUGUCUCCGCUGGAGAGCCCCACCUCAGGAUUUCCCCAAACCAAGAAAGGAAAGCUGUUAUAUGAGAAGGUUCCUGGCAGAAGUGAUGGACAGACAAGGCUGAGGUUUUUCUGAGUUUUUUCUUCCAUCAAGUUUGUAUCCUUCCUUCUGAAGGUUAUUUCACAUUUCACACAUGAAUACUAAUUCUACGGAAAAAAACAACUUUGUAGACAUUUGAUGAAACUUUUGUAUCCCAGCCACAGUGACUGUAUGGUAUUUAUUGUUCUUAUUCAUAAAUAUUUGUAUUCUUUGUCUCUAACUGGAACAAGCUUUAGAUGAAAAUUGUUAUUGGUUCACUUGAUUAAUUGUUGAUAUGUGGCCAUUUAAUGUAUUUGUAUGAUGUAUUUGACUUAUUUGUAUGUCAGUCUUAGGUGAAUGUUACAUAUUUAUCCACACGUACUGUGCCAAAACGUAACUAUAUAUGUUCAUGUGAUGUUCAUUAUAACAGUAUUUCACAUUUUUGAUCAAUAGAUUCAGCUAACCUUCUCUGACAUUGUCAAAACACUUAAAAUAAAUUACAACAUAAUGUUUGGUCAGCAUGUUGACCUCUGCA